AUGCCAGACGACACUCCCAUCAUGCACGGCCGAUCUACCGACGCCGCCCUGCAGAGAAGGCUCCAAGCUCUUCCGCCUGAGCUCCUCCUAGUCAUCAUCCACUGGCUCUGCCUAUCACCCACAAUCGACACCCUCUGCCCAAAAUUGAAGGCGGACAACGUCGAGGCGUUCUAUGGUGAACUUUCGGACAGGCGGCGUGACAGACAGUAUGAGGAUCACCACAGGAAGAUAGAAUUCUACUUUCAUCGCCAGGUGGUGCCGACAUAUGAGGUUGAGCUCAACGAUUACAUUCACCUCACGCCCUUCCUCAGUAAACUCUUUCUUCUCAAGCAUGUCAAGACGCUGGCCAUCGGCGAUGAUUCCACUCUUGAUGAAACGUUUCGGGUGGCAUCCCACUACCCCGAUUAUCUGAGAUACGUCCGUCGCUGUAUCUUCAAGACUCCCGAAAUCAAGAAGCGUCUUGAGGCUGCUCUUUUUCAAGAGGUGGAAGACGUAGAGAUUGAGAUUGAGGAUAUCACGGAGAUGAAGCUGCAAUGGGCCUCAACGCUGAGCUCGAAAUACAUCUUUCCCAAGCUGAAAAACCUCAUACUACACCUGUAUUCGGACUUCCCUGUCGGAACGCUCGAUUACAGGGUUUUGGUCAAGACGCUGCGCGUGUGUCAUCUUCAGACACUUGCGAUACAUGGUUUGCCUCCAGAUUCGUGCGCGAGAUUUUCGGCGGAUAUGGGAGAGGAGGGAGCAAAGGUCAUAGAGUUUCAUCCCUGUUAG